AAGACGAAAUCACAACAUUACGGCAAGUUUUAUCAGCGAAAGAAAGGCAUCUGGUUGAGAUAAAACAGAAACUCGGCAUGAACCUGAUGAAUGAAUUAAAACAGAAUUUCAGCAGAAGCUGGUACGACGUGCAGACCACAGCUGCCUACAAGAAAACACACGAAACCCUGAGUCACGCAGGGCAGAAGGCAACUGCAGCGUUCAGCAACGUUGGGACGGCCAUCAGCAAGAAGUUUGGAGACAUGAGGUCUCACUCCAUUGGCUACUCCAUUCGCCAUUCCAUAAGUAUGCCUGCUAUGAGGUAAUGUGUGUAAAUUACUUUAUAUAAUAUCAAUGCAGAAUGUGUAUGUAUGAAGUAUUACUUUGAUAGUUACUUUGCAGAGAUUUUCCCCUCCUCUUAAUAUGAAAAGCAGUGACCUUCCUUACUCUUUCCUGACAGGCUUCAGGAGAAAAGGCGGACAGUUCUGUUGAAGUAGGGUAUAAUGGGCUUCGGCUUCUGAACAAACACGCUGGCUUAAGUCCAGUGUCUCCUGAUUUGUGUGACCUGAGACAAGUUACUUACCUAGCUCGAUGUCCAUUCUCUUACCUGUUGUGUGACAUAAAGUAACCUGUGUGAAGCACUUUCUUAGCGUAGGGCCUGGAGCAACCAUGCCUGCAAAGGCAGAAAUACGUGCCUUAUUUCAGUAGAACUAAACGCAAGCCUGGGAGGAAGGUUAAAUGAAGGGAAUAACAGGCUGAGAGGACUGCAAUUGUAGAAAGGAUAUCACCAGGAUUUUUUAACGUAGAUGUUAAGGUGAGGUGUUUGUUAAGCAAUGAAAAUUACUAGCUGGAUGAAAACUUCUGAGAAAGACAUCCCCCACUGGGGGUUUGUGUAGCUUAGUGAGGCAGUCAGAUAAAAGCACACUAAUAGUAACAGGGUAUUGAAGAAUGAAUGUCAGAUUGCGGGGGGUGGGGGGUGCGUCAGGAGACGCAGAUUGUAGCCCAGCUCUGCCAAGAAUGAACUUUGCAGCCUUGGGAAAGUCACCUCAGUGAUAUCAGUUUCAUCAUAUUUAAAAUAAGAGGCUAAAACCUGGGGCGCCUGG